CAACUCUCCUUCCCCUCGACUCUAGAGGAUUGGAGGACCACGACGCUCGCUUUACGCAAAUUUACGGCCUCUUCCUUUUCUAUUUCCUUGCCAGUCGACUCCUCUUUGUCUGCCUUUCUUCGACUCACUUUCAGAAUAGACGAAGAGUCAAGAAAAUUUCCUUAAAACCCUCUCGAUCUGCGCCUCUCGAAACUUCGCAACUCUGAUCUACCACCUGCGCAACCAACAACACCGAAGCAUAUUCUUUGAACCUCCUCGCGAUGGCCUUCGACGACGGCGCAAAGACGCCCGCGUCAUUGGUGGCACACUCUCCGGUGGUGAAGAGGCAGAGAACGGCCAAUGGCUACAACUCACCUUCGACCUCUGCGAACAAUACAGAUGGGUACAACUCCGCCAACGACGAUGCCACUGUUGUCCCAGACACGCCAGGCGAUCGGUAUCAGACGCAACCCACACAGCUCCUGCCGCAGGGUUCGAAGCUGAGAUCAAGUUCGCCCGACACUCCAGAGAUCUUCGUCCAAGUCCCAGUAUCAUCUCCAAUCAGUGGCAGAGAAGUCACCCCGAAUCCUUCCCGCGCCAACGGUCGAGUUCCGCAGAACAAUGGCUCUGUGCCAACAAACCUGGCCAAGAUCAUGGCACCUGCUGGCACCUCCUUCAGAUCACCUGUUGCUAUCAACCUGAAGCCCUUCCCUCCUGUCGCCGACGAUGGCGAGCCGAGAUAUUAUCAAGAGAUCAGUUCUGAUGAAGAAAACACGAAAGACUUGGCCAACAUCAAGCCGACAAAAUUUGUCUCCGGCAGCGCCAAUUCCUCUUUCGGAGCCCCAGUCUCACCUUCGAAGGAUGCACGGGAUGGAGUGAAUGGUAAUUCCAGGUUUCAAUCGAUUCUUGCGACCUCCGCAUAUCAAGGCCCGGCCAACCGUAAGCCGGCUUCACUGUCCAGUGGAUAUGGCGCGCUGAAGAAGCCACAAGCCCAAAAUGGCCCUUCCAGAGCACAACCAGUCCAUACUAUUCCUGAGAAUCUAAGUGAUGUUGUAAAGAAGCAGCUCGAGCAUAUCAGAAGUGUCAUGCCAUCCAAAUCGAAGUCGACGGCAUAUGCUGCCUUGCAGCGAGCAAAGUUCAAUGUUGAUGGUGCCCUUACAAUUCUAUUGGAUGAGCCAGAGGUCAUCACGAUUGGCUCUGAUGAUGAGAUCGAAAGUCCCCAGAGCAUGAAGAAGGCGAAUCCUCAGUUGAAGCAUGUACAAGUACCUGUUGCAUCCAUUUCGGAGAGAUACUCUUCCAUGCAUUCUCGAUCUAAACAACAAAUUACGGCGGCAACUCCUCUAAAGCCGAAGAAGCGACUAGUUCAAGGACGUAAAGAUCCCUCUUCACCCGCGGUCCCUCCACUUACAUCACCCUUGAAGCCUAUAGUUGCUGAGGCAUACGAUUCAGAUCCUGGCUCUGAAUCAGCAUCUGGAGCCGAAGAUGGAGAGGAUGAUAGAUCAUCGUUAGAGGCUCGAGUCUUGGCUUAUCUGAAGGAAUGUACGCUCGAGGACUUGAUUGAUACUACCCACUUCAGUGAGGCAGACGCUCAGAUCAUGCUUGAUGCCCGACCGUUGAAGUCAAUUGAGGCGGCUAGGGAGGUGGGUCGCAAAGGGAAAGGCAAGAGGAUGCCCCUUGGAGAUAAGAUCGUCGAAAAGUGUAUAGACAUGUUCAAGAGCUUCGACGCUGUUGGAAUUCUCGAGACAAAUUGCGCUGACCUCAGUGAGCCGGCAAUCAAGGAAAUGGCAGGCUGGGGAUUGGACAUUCUUGGUGCGUCAACGAAGGGCGAACUUGAGUUGACCUCUUUGGAGGGAGCCGACACUUCCCAGGUCGACUCUGGGUUGGGAUCUCCUAGUAGUCGCGAUACUUUCAACAACGGCGAUGAGGACAUCAAAGGUCCUGUCACCAAAAGAAAGAGAAAGGUUGCACUGCUUGAACAACCCGAAACAAUGGCGAAGGAUUACCCAAUGAAGGAUUAUCAGAUUGUCGGCUUGAAUUGGUUGGCUUUGAUGUACAAAUACAAGUUGAGUUGCAUUCUUGCAGAUGACAUGGGAUUAGGAAAGACUUGCCAAGUCAUUUCUUUCCUUACUCACCUUGUUGAAAAUGGCCGAACGGGUCCGCAUAUUGUGGUGUGUCCUGCUUCAACCUUAGAGAAUUGGCUCCGAGAAUUCCAGAAGUUUUCCCCUGACCUCAAAGUCGAUCCAUAUCACGGCGGAAAGGAAAUGCGAGGAGAAUUGGCAGAAAUGCUUAUGAUUGGUGCACGUGCUGGAGACAAUGAAGAGCACAAGGUUCAUGUCAUUGUCACUACGUACGAGAUGGCUAACAAGAAGGAUGACGCGAAGUUCUUGAGGAGAUUAGGAGCAGAUGUCUGUGUAUACGAUGAGGGCCAUCUCCUUAAGAACCCUAGCACAGCGAGGUAUAAAGGAUUGAUGACUAUCAAAGCCAAUUUCCGACUUCUCCUUACCGGCACUCCUCUACAAAACAACCUUCGAGAAAUGGUUGCACUUCUCGCCUUUAUCCUUCCUCAAGUGUUUGUCGAAGUAGCCGAAGACCUAAAUUUUAUAUUCCAGUCGAAAACUACCACUAAGGACACAAAUCACAAGCAAUUGCUCUCCCAGCAGAGAAUUGACCGUGCUAGAAACAUCCUCAAGCCGUUUGUGCUCCGUCGCAAGAAGCAGCAGGUGUUGAAGGACCUACCGGAUAAGACCUACAAAGUCGUAAAAGCAACUAUGCACGAAGAUCAGAAGACCAUUUCCGAAACGUUCCUCGAAGCAAUGGCAGAGAGAGAGGUUGCGAAGAAGGAGGCAAAGGAAGCAGUAGACGCCAGGAAAGACGGCGAAAAGAGAGCGAAAAGAGUCCCAAAGAAAGCUUCGAAGACCGACGAGGAGGAACCCCUGGAGAAGAACGAAAUUAUGCAGCUCCGCAAAGCCGCAAUCCAUCCGCUUCUGUUCAGACGAUGGUUUACUGAGGAUAAGAUACAACAAAUGGCAAAGAUCCUCCGCGCAAAGGAGCCGGUCGCGUUCAACCCAUCCCUGAAUAUCGAACAUCUUCUCCAAGAGCUACGCAACGCGUCGGACUUCGGAAUACAUAGUGUAUAUUGCAGUGUGUAUCCGUGUAUUGCAAAGUUCGACAUCCCGGAUCUCGCAUGGAUGAACUCUGGCAAAGUGGAUACUUUGGUCGAGCUCGUCCAGUCAUAUAAGGCAAACGGCGAUCGAGCCCUCGUCUUCUCUCAGUUCAGUCUGGUUCUCGACAUCUUGGAAGCCGUGCUAAACACUAUCGGAAUUGAUUAUGUACGCAUCGAUGGCGCAACCAGUGUGGAUGUUCGUCAAACUAUGAUUGAUAGCUUCUACGAUAAUGAAGAUAUCACGGUCUUCCUAUUAACCACCAAGGCUGGUGGCACUGGUAUCAACUUGGUGGCUGCCAACAAGGUCAUUAUCUUCGAUAGCAGUUUCAACCCCCAAGACGAUGUCCAAGCUGGAAACCGAGCCCAUCGAGUUGGCCAAACCAGAGAUGUCGAGGUGGUUACCAUUGUUACUGAAGGCACAAUCGAGGAGAGUAUUCUGGCAAUGGGCAAGAGCAAGUUGGAGCUCGAUAGAGAAGUAGCAGGUGGUGGAGAAGAAAGUGAACAAGUAGCCGAAGAAGUCAACAUGCAGGCUGUCACCGACGCUUUCCUCAAUACCCAGAGGAUGGUUGUUGGGGGCGCUGUUACGGCUGGGGGAUCGUAAAUGUCGGUCCUGAUUUCCGAGAUUUUACGACGCACCGUAACGCUGCUUGCGACGGACUCGACAUGUAAAAACUAGGUUAGCGUCUCGCAUCUUUGUUCUUCCAUUCCGUAGGUCUUCGGAUAAAGGUCAAAGAAUUGUUCCGUAGUGUCAAAUAUAUGUCGUGGAAUACGUCUCUUUCUCAGCCUCUGUCCUCACUUGAUCCCUUCAGGUAAGAUUAAU